GACUACACUGGCAUGUUUGAAGGACCCGAAAAGACGUUAGAAGUCGUCUUUCGUCGGGACAGCGACGAACACACCGAUCUCAGCAUGGGCGAAUUGUCGGGCACGUCCUCUUCGAACGCUCCCAUUCUGCGAACCGGACUCCGCCGCCUCGAUCGCAGCGAUCUCGAUGUCGUCUGCGCCCGCGCGCGGUGCACGAUUCUCUCGUCCAUCUCCAACCAGUAUUUGGACGCCUACGUGCUUUCCGAAUCCUCCCUCUUUAUCUACCCCUACAUGCUCGUGCUCAAAACCUGCGGUACCACGACCUUGUUGCGUUGCAUUGCAACCUUGAUUGAUUUGGGACGCAAGUUGGGAUUGGAAAUCGAUUGGGUUGGGUACAGUCGCAAAAACUUUAAUUUUCCCGGCGAUCAAGCCUUUCCACACCAGUCCUUUCAUCAAGAGUUAGACUACCUCUACGGACACCGCAAUCUUUGUGAACGUCUCGACGGCAGCGGAUAUACGCUCGGUCCGGUAACGGGUGAUCACUGGUUCGUUUUUGUGGCUGAUCAGACGAUUCGGGCCAAAGCUCUGGAUAUCGACACGGAUCGCGUGCUUAACAUUAUGAUGUUUGACAUUGACGAAAAUGUUACGCAGCUUUUUUACUACGAUCAGUAUGAACAACAUCUCGACGGGGAAACCAAGGACGAUGCCGUCAAGCGCAUCUCGGAAGAGCAGACCUCCGUUUCUGGGAUUCGUUCGCUCUGCCCCGGUGCGAUUAUCGACCCACGCGCCUUUGAACCCUGCGGGUAUUCCAUGAAUGCUGUCUUAUUCCGCUCGUACUCGACCAUUCAUAUUACUCCCGAGUCUGGUUCGUCCUACGCCAGCUUCGAAACGAACCAAAAGGUGGGAUCGUACAAGGCCCUCAUUUCCAACGUGAUUCGUACGUUCCGCCCUAAGCGUUUCGUCAUGACGCUGAUGGCCGACGAAGGU